AUGUCCUCGCUGCUGUCCCUCCAGGAGGAGAACCGCAUCCUGCAGCAGGAACUGUCGCGCGUCGAGGACUUGCUGGCUCAGAGCCGGGCCGAGCGCGAUGAGUUGGCCAUCAAGUACAACGCCAUCAGCGAGCGGCUGGAGCAAACCCUGCGGCUGGAGACGGGCGAGCGGGAAGCGGCCGAGAACCGGAGCCUGGCGCAGCACAACAUCGAGCUGCGGCGGCUGCUGGAGGAAGAACAAGCCGCCUACAAGCGCAAGCUGCAGGCGUACCAGGAGGGCCAGCAGCGGCAAGCCCAGCUGGUGCAGAAGCUCCAAGCCAAGGUGUUGCAGUAUAAGAAGAAAUGCGGCGAAGUGGAGCAGCAGCUGCUGGAGAAGGCGACGGAGCUGGAGCAGGAGAGGCUGACGCAGCCGGAGGAGGAGAGCAGCAACGAGCUGGAGAACGCCCUGAUCCGGCUGGAAGAGGAGCAGCAGAGGAGCAGCAGCCUGGUGCAGGUGAACUCGAUGCUGCGGGAGCAGCUGGAACAAGCCAACGUGGCCAACGCGGCGCUGAGCGAGGACAUCCGCAAGCUGACGGCCGACUGGGCGCGGGCGCGGGAUGAGCUGGAGCAGCGGGAGGCGGAGUGGAGGCGCGAAGAGGAGUCCUUCAACACCUACUUCAGCAACGAGCACAGCCGGCUCCUGACCCUCUGGAGGCAGGUGGUGGCCUUCAGGCGUCACUUCGGGGAGAUGAAAGCCGUCACCGAGAGGGAUCUGUCGGAGCUGAGCCACGAGGCGUCGCGGGCGGGCAGGGCUGCCCACGCCGCCUGCCUUCACCUGGCUGCCAACCUGCGGCUGGCCGAGAGCCAGGCCGGCGCCGCGCGGGAGAAGGAGGCGAUGCGGCUGGCGCGGCUGGAGGAGCAGCUGGCGGCGCGGGCGAGGGACGCCGAGCUGGAGAAAGCCGCCCUCGGAGCCAAGCUGGGGGAGCUGGCGGCGGCCCUGGAGCGCCUGCGGGCUGAGGAUGGGGAGAAGGAGCGGGCGGUGGAGGCGCUGACCCUGCAGCUGCAAAACCUGGAGGCCUCGCGCGCCCAGGAGCCGUCGCCGGCGGAGGUGGAGGCUUUGCGCUCGGAGGUGGAGCUGCUGCGUCAGACGCUGCAAGAUGUCACCCAGGCGGUGCUGGCGGACGACCCCGAGCAGCCACCACCACCCCCGGAGUCCCCCCCGCGUCCCCCCGGCUCCCCUUGCCGCAGCCUCUCACCCAGCGCCGCCGCCGCCGCCGUGCACGCCGCCCUGCGCCGCCGCCACCUCCAGCUGCAGGCCAGCCGGGAGGUGGCCGGGAGCCUGCGGCGGGAGCUGGGGGACAGCGAGAGGCGGCUGGGGACCCUGGAGCGGCGGCUGGAGCAGCUCAGCGCCGAGGCCGGGGGCUGCCGGCGGGCGCAGGAUGAGGCCCUCUGCGAGGUGGCCCGCCUGCGCGCCGAGGCCGAGGUCCUGCGCAGGGAGCGGCUGCGGGCGGAGGAGGCGCUGGCGGGGGAGCAGCAGCGGGCGGGCGCCCUGCAGCAGGAGCGGGCGCAGCUCCAGCGCCGGGGCGAGGGGCUGGAGGACGCCCGGGACGAGGCCGCCCGCGCCGCCGAGGCCGCCCGCCAGCAGCUGGAGCGCAGCCAGCAGCAGGUGGAGGAGCUGGAGGCGCAGCGGGCCGGGGCGCAGCGGGAGCUGCUGGAGGCGCGGGAGGCCCUGAGCCGGGCGGCGCUGGAGGCCGAGGUGGCACGGGGCGAGCGGGAGGCGCUGGCCGAGGCGCUGGGCAAGGCGCAGGGGAGCUGCGGGGAGCUGGCAGCGGCGCAGCGGGCAGCGCAGGCAGAGGAGGCCCGGCUGCGGGACGCCCUGGCCAAGACGAGCGAGCUGGCAGCCGGGCUGGCGCGGGAGAAGACGGAGCUGAACCGAACCCUGGCCCGGCUGGAAGAGGAGCGGGAAAACGGCCGGAUCCGGAUGCGGGAGCUGGGGCGGGAGCUGACGCUGCUGCGGGGGCGGCUGGAACGGGGGCGACGGGCCGGGGCGGCCGAGCGGCAGGGGCUGGAGCGGGCGCGGAGGGAGGCCGAGGAGGGCUGCCGGGGGCUGCGGGCAGAGCUGCGGGUGCUGCGGGGCCAGCACCUGCGCCUGCGCCAGCACCUGGGGCAGGCGGUGCAGGAGCAGAGCGCGGCGAGCGAGGCGCUGGCGCAGGCGGGGGAGCAGGAGCGGCUGCGGGGGGAGCUGCUGCGGCUCAGCCGGGCCCGCGAGGGGCUGGCCAAGGAGGGGGCCAGCCUGGCCGUCCAGCUCGCCGCCGCCCAGCGCCACGGUCAGGAUCGGGACCAGGAGGCGGCCGGGCUCAGGACGGAGAAGGAGGGGUUGGAGAGCAGCAUCUUCCAGCUGCAGCAGCGGCUGGCCCAGCUCGACGCCCGCAACCAGCAGCUGGAGGCUGAGGGCCGGACCCUGCUCCAGGCCAAGGAGGCGCUGGAGGCGGAGCUGGGUGCCUCGCGGCUGGAGCGGGAGCGGGAGCUGCAGGCCCGGCGGCAGGCGGUGGAGGCGGCCGAGAUGGCGGCGGUGACGGCGGCCCUGCAGAGUGCCCGCGAUGCGCACCGGGACGAGCUCGACCACCUCCAGCGCGAGAAGGAGGAGCUGGAGGCUGAGCGGAGCCGGCUGGCGCGAGAGCAGGAGGAGCUGGCGGCCGAGCUGGCGGCGAUGCGGCGGCAGCGUGAGAGCGAGAAGCAGCAGGCGCUGGCGCUGCAGGAGGAGGAGCGGGCAGCGCUGGCGGAGACGCUGCGGGGGCUGCAGCAGAGCCUGGCCGAGGCCACGGCCGAGCUUGAGCAGCAGCGGCGAGAGGUCACCGGCCACCAAGAGAAGGAGCAGAGCCUGGCCGCAGAGCUGCACAGCCUACGGGCGCAGGCGGAGGAGACGGCGGCGGCCCACGAGCGGGAGGCGAAGACUCUCCGUGAGCAAGCGACGGCGGCGGCCAAGCAGCGGGACAGUGCCCUGCGGGAGGCGGAGGAGGCGCGGGCGCAGCUGCGGCUGGUGGCGGAGGCACGGGCGGCGGGGCGGCGGGAGCUGCUGGAGGCGCAACGGGAAGCCCGGGAGAGCCGGGAAGGUCGGGAAGCACAGCGGCGGCAGGCGCAGGAGGCACGCCGGGCUUUGGGAGACGAGGCGAGGGAGAAGGAGGCCCUGCAGCGUUCCAACGAGGAGCUGCGGGCGGCACUGCGGCGCGCCGAGGGCGAGCGCAUCAGCCUGAAGCGCACCAGCGAGGAGAAGGAGCAGCGGCUGGCGCUGGUGGAGGACGGGCGGGCGGCGGCAGACCGGGAGGUGAUGGAGCUGCGGGCAACCCUGCGGGAGCUGGAGCGCGCCCGCCUCGACGCCCGCCGCGAGCUGCAGGAGCUGCGCCGGCAGGUGAAGGACCUGGACAGCGAGAACAGCAAGAGGAGCAAGGAGGUGGGCGAGCUGCAGGCGCGCGUGGCCCUGGAGGAGCAGCGGGAGGAGGAGAGCCGCCGCGAAGCCUUCGGCCUCAGGCAGAAGAUGGUGGAGAGCGAGGCCGGCACGGAGGCCGCCAGGAAGGAGCUCCAGCACCUGCAGCGGCGGCUGUCGGAGGUGGAGGGCGAAUUUCGGCAGCGGGAGAAGGACCUGGCCCGCAGCUUGGAGGAGGCUCGCGGCAACGAGAAGAAGCUGCUGGCCGAUGCCCGCAACCUGCAGCUGAAGGUGGAGGCGGCGCGGGGCGAAGCGGCCGAGCUGAGCCUGCGCCUGAGCGCGGCCGAGGGUCGGGCGCAGGGGCUGGAAGCCGAGCUGGCCCGCGGCGAGGCGCUGCGCCGGGCUGCCGAAACCCGCCUGGGAGGCAUCCAGUCCGCCCUACGCCGUACCAUGGGCAUCGGCCGGGCACGGGCCUGCUCCCCGGGCAAGGGUGGGGAACCGGAGGGAUCGGGGAGCCCCGGCUCAUCCCCGGAUCCCGAUGCGGCCGCUGAGCCCGAGGCGGUGCGGGCAGCCCUGCGGGAUUUCCUGCGUGAGCUGCAGGAUGCGCAGCGGGAGCGGGAAGAGCUGCGGGUGCAAGUGGGCAGCCUGGGCCGGCGGCUGGCAGAGGUGGAGGAGGAGCGGGACAAUGCCGGUGCCCGGGCGCAGCAGCUCCAGAAGCUGGUGGCUGAGAGCGAGGAAGGGCAUCGCGGCGGCGGCGGCGGGGAGCUGAGCAGCGCCCAGGCCACGCUGCUGCUGCAGGAGGAGAUGCUGCGGCGGGGCGAGCGGGAACGACGGGCGCUGCGGGAGAAGGUGACGGCGCUGGAACGGAGCCUGCACGCCGCCGAGGGUGAACGCCGAGCCGCUCGGGAGAGGAUGAGCACGGUGCGAGCCGGCGAGGCCGAGCUGGAGGAUGCUAAGCGGCGGCUGGAGGCGGCGGAGAACCGGAGCACCCGCUUGGAGCUGCAGCAGCGGGUGCUGGAGGGCGAGCUGCAGCGGGCACGGCUGGCCCUGGGCGAGCGGCAAGCGGAGGCGCGGGCGCUGCAAGACCGCGCCGAGCUCCUCCAGAAACAGCUAGCGGAGAGCGAGCAGCGCGCCGGCGCUCUGCAGCUGGCGAUGGAGCGGUUGAGCGCGGCGUUGGCGGAGAGCGGCUCGAAGGACGCCGCGCCGAGCGCGACGGCCUUGGCCGAUGGCACCGGGGUCCACGAGCGGCUGCUGCAGCUCCAAAGCGCCCUGGCUGCCGGCGAGCUCGACCGCCGGGCCCUGCAGGAGGGGCUGGAGGUGGCGCGGCGGGCGCUGGCGGAGUCACGGGAGGAGAAGGGAGCGCUGCGGGAGCAGCUGCGGGGGCUGCGGGAGGAGCAGGAGGCCCUGCAGCGGAGCAAGGAGGAGCUGGAGGCGCAGGUCCGGCAGCAGCAGGAGGCGCUGCGGCAGCGGCAGGAGGAGCGUGGGGGGCUGCAGGAGCGGGUGGGCAGCUUGCAGCGCGCCCUGGCCCGCACGCAGGGCGAGAGGCGAGAGGCCGAGCGCGUCGCCCUGCGCCUCGAGAAGGACAAGGGCGCCCUGAAGAAGACCCUGGACAAGGUGGAGCGGGAGAAGCUGCAGGCGCAGGAGGACUGGCUGCGGCUCUCGGCGGAGAAGGGCCGGCUGGAUCGCUCGCUGGGCACGGCCGAGCGGGAGCUGGCGGAGGCGCAGCACCGCAUCCAGCUGCUGCAGGCGCAGGUGUCGGUACUGGAGCACCCAUCUCCGCCGAGCCCCGGGCCGGCGCCGGAGCUGCAGCGGGAACUGGACCGCCUGCGCAUCGCCCAGCUCCAAGCCCAGCGGGCGCUGGAGGCUCGCGAGCGCGUCCACCGUCACCGCGUCCGCGGCCUGGAGGAGCAGAUCGCGCUGCUGAAGGGGCAGGAGCUCCACCGUCAGCCCACCAGCAUCUAGGGACGCUCCGCAACUCCCCCGCCCGCUGAGACCGGCACAACUCAUCUCACGGGUGAGGGGGGAAGCUGUCCCCGUCCCUGCGCUCAAAAAACGCAUCCAUUUUUGUCACAUCAUUCCCUUUUCUCAAGCAAAAAGCCGCACUUUACCAACAAGACGCCGACACUCGUGUAUUUUUGAUACAGGUUGGGGCCCGACGGGUGUUUUUUCCCAUUUUUCUAUUGCGAUUUUUAACAAAAAGUUUGGAAAUUACUCUUUUUUUUUUUUUUUUUACUCCCACAAGAGCCCUGUCUCGGCCCCGGCCAAGCCCCUUGAUUUAUUUCGCCCCCUACACAUGAUGCUCCUCCAGCCCUCGCCAGCCCCGACGCUCACCGGAUCCUAAUUUUUCCCCUUUUUCUAACAAAAAACGACAAAAAAAUUGUUGUUUUUGUUUGUUUGGUUUUUUUUUUUUUUUAAACAAAUGGCGGGAUUUUUAUAUCGCUAUUUUUGGAGCUUGAGGUUUUUACUGGUGCUACAGGGCAGCCCGAGGUCGGGGAGCUGAGCCAAGCCGAAAAACCACCUGCAUCGAGGCGGUGGCUUCGAGCGCGGCCCUGACCCCCGGCGCUCCCGGCGUUAUUAAACGUGGAUAAACCCGAACUGGCAGCCUGUGAGCGGUUU